GCGGCCGCGGCGUCCUCUCGGCGCGGGGCGCCUGGAGCCGCUCCCGGACGCGCUUCAGCACCGCGGACAGCGCCCGUCGCUCUCGCGGAGCGUGGGACCCACGCGUGCCCAGCACAGCGCCCGCCGGCCCGGAGCUCGGGUCCCCUCUUUCCUCCCGCGGACGUCCCAGGACUACGGCUCCAGGGGGAGACGUGGCGCCCCAGGCCCGCGAGAUCGGGCGCGGGCAGGACGGCCGGGACACCCCGCUGGGGAUGCGCCGAGGGCCCCGCAUUCGCGCUGCCCAGAGCUAGGGCUCUGUCUGGAGCCCAUGAGCACCAUGCGCCUGCUGACACUCGCCCUGCUUUUCUCCUGCUCCUUUGCCCGUGCUGCCUGCGACCCCAAGAUUGUCAACAUCGGAGCUGUGCUGAGCACGCGAAAGCAUGAACAGAUGUUCCGAGAGGCCGUCAACCAGGCCAAUAAGCGGCAUGGCUCCUGGAAGAUCCAGCUCAACGCCACCUCCGUCACCCACAAGCCCAACGCCAUCCAGAUGGCCCUGUCCGUGUGCGAGGACCUCAUCUCCAGCCAGGUCUACGCCAUCCUAGUUAGCCACCCACCUACCCCCAACGACCACUUCACUCCCACCCCCGUCUCCUACACAGCCGGCUUCUACCGCAUCCCCGUCCUGGGGCUGACCACCCGUAUGUCCAUCUACUCAGACAAGAGCAUACACCUGAGCUUCCUGCGCACCGUGCCGCCGUACUCCCACCAGUCGAGCGUCUGGUUCGAGAUGAUGCGCGUCUACAGCUGGAACCACAUCAUCCUGCUGGUCAGCGACGACCACGAGGGCAGGGCCGCCCAGAAGCGCCUGGAGACGCUGCUGGAGGAGCGCGAGUCCAAGAGUAAAAAAAGGAACUAUGAAAACCUCGACCAACUGUCCUAUGACAACAAGCGUGGACCCAAGGCUGAGAAGGUGCUGCAGUUCGACCCAGGGACCAAGAACGUGACGGCCCUGCUGAUGGAGGCACGGGAGCUGGAGGCCCGGGUCAUCAUCCUCUCCGCCAGCGAGGACGAUGCCGCCACUGUGUACCGCGCAGCCGCGAUGCUGAACAUGACGGGUUCCGGGUAUGUGUGGCUGGUGGGGGAGCGAGAGAUCUCGGGGAACGCCCUGCGCUACGCCCCGGACGGCAUCAUCGGACUGCAGCUCAUCAAUGGCAAGAAUGAGUCAGCCCACAUCAGCGACGCCGUCGGGGUGGUGGCCCAGGCGGUGCACGAACUCCUGGAGAAGGAGAACAUCACCGACCCCCCGCGCGGCUGCGUGGGCAACACCAAUAUCUGGAAGACAGGACCGCUCUUCAAGAGGGUGCUGAUGUCUUCCAAGUACGCAGACGGGGUGACAGGCCGCGUGGAGUUCAAUGAAGACGGGGACCGGAAGUUCGCCAACUACAGCAUCAUGAACCUGCAGAACCGCAAGCUGGUGCAAGUGGGCAUUUACAACGGCACCCACGUUAUUCCCAAUGACAGGAAGAUCAUCUGGCCGGGUGGAGAGACAGAGAAGCCCCGAGGGUACCAGAUGUCCACGAGGCUGAAGAUUGUGACGAUCCACCAGGAGCCUUUCGUGUACGUCAAGCCCACACUGAGUGACGGCACAUGCAAGGAGGAGUUCACGGUCAAUGGGGACCCGGUGAAGAAGGUGAUCUGCACCGGACCCAAUGACACGUCGCCGGGCAGCCCACGCCACACAGUGCCUCAGUGCUGCUAUGGCUUCUGCAUUGACCUGCUCAUCAAGCUGGCGCGAACCAUGAACUUCACUUAUGAGGUGCACCUGGUGGCCGAUGGCAAGUUCGGCACUCAGGAGCGGGUGAACAACAGCAAUAAGAAGGAGUGGAACGGGAUGAUGGGCGAGCUGCUCAGCGGGCAGGCGGACAUGAUCGUGGCGCCGCUGACCAUCAACAACGAGCGCGCACAGUACAUCGAGUUCUCCAAGCCCUUCAAGUACCAGGGCCUGACCAUUCUGGUCAAGAAGGAGAUCCCCCGGAGCACGCUGGACUCGUUCAUGCAGCCCUUCCAGAGCACGCUGUGGCUGCUGGUGGGGCUGUCGGUGCACGUGGUGGCGGUGAUGCUGUACCUGCUGGACCGCUUCAGCCCCUUCGGCCGGUUCAAGGUGAACAGUGAAGAGGAGGAGGAGGACGCGCUGACCCUGUCUUCGGCCAUGUGGUUCUCCUGGGGGGUCCUGCUCAACUCGGGUAUCGGAGAAGGCGCCCCCCGAAGCUUCUCGGCGCGCAUCCUGGGCAUGGUGUGGGCCGGCUUCGCUAUGAUCAUCGUGGCCUCCUACACCGCCAACCUGGCGGCCUUCUUGGUGCUGGACCGGCCCGAGGAGCGCAUCACCGGCAUCAACGACCCACGGCUGAGGAAUCCCUCUGACAAGUUCAUCUACGCGACCGUGAAGCAGAGCUCGGUGGACAUCUACUUCCGGCGGCAGGUGGAGCUGAGCACCAUGUACCGACACAUGGAGAAGCACAACUAUGAGAGCGCGGCCGAGGCCAUCCAAGCCGUGCGGGACAACAAGCUUCAUGCCUUCAUUUGGGACUCCGCGGUGCUGGAGUUUGAAGCCUCGCAGAAGUGCGACCUCGUGACCACUGGCGAGCUGUUCUUCCGCUCGGGCUUUGGCAUCGGCAUGCGCAAGGACAGCCCCUGGAAGCAGAACGUCUCCCUGUCCAUCCUCAAGUCCCAUGAGAACGGCUUCAUGGAAGACCUGGACAAGACGUGGGUGCGGUACCAGGAGUGCGACUCCCGCAGCAACGCCCCUGCUACGCUUACCUUUGAGAACAUGGCAGGGGUCUUCAUGCUGGUGGCCGGGGGCAUCGUGGCCGGGAUCUUCCUGAUCUUCAUUGAGAUCGCCUACAAGCGACACAAGGACGCUCGCCGGAAGCAGAUGCAGCUGGCCUUUGCCGCCGUGAAUGUGUGGAGAAAGAACCUGCAGGAUAGAAAGAGUGGUAGAGCAGAGCCCGACCCUAAAAAGAAAGCCACAUUUAGGGCUAUCACCUCCACCCUGGCUUCCAGCUUCAAGAGACGUAGGUCCUCCAAAGACACGAGCACCGGGGGUGGACGCGGCGCUUUGCAAAACCAAAAAGACACAGUGCUGCCGCGACGCGCUAUUGAGAGGGAGGAGGGCCAGCUGCAGAUGUGUGCCCGUCAUAGGGAGAGCUGAGACGCCCUGCCCGCCCUCCUCUGCCCCCCUCCCCCGCAGACAGACAGACAGAUGGACGGGACAGCGGCCCGGCCCACGCAGAGUCCCGGAGCACGACGGGGUCAGGGGGAGGAGCGCCCCCCGGCCUCCCCCAGGC